AUGCGUGAAGGCCCUAUCGUCCAUGUGCUCGAGGAUGCUGGGACACUGAACUAUAAGCCAUUUUGGCUGGCCUCUAACGACAAACUCGAAGAGUCCAUCUUGGAAAUAUUCAGUUUUGGUAGAGUAAAAGAUGUGCCCGAGGAACUACGAUGCGAAUUUACAGAUCGUAUGUGGACAAAACUUAGGGUUUUAACAAUUUUGGAGUUGUUUUGCCGGUAUCGAACUAUAAGUUUUGCCGAAGUGCAAGUUGAAUGUGAAUUGGAAUCGGCGUUUGAAGUCGAACAACUUGCGAUGCGUGUGGGCAAAUGGGUUGAUUUUCAAAUAGAUCAAGUGAACAGAGAGAUACAGGUUUUGAGGUGCUACGAGGGACGAGACGUAUAUAAUGGUGAAAAACAGUUGCGGCUGGUCCGUGAUGUCGACACAAGGUUGACACUCCUGGAAGAUCUCACUGCUUGGAAAAAACGACUGGAAAAUGAAAUCUAA